CAGGAGGAGAGGGGACAGGAAGGUUGCCGAGCAGGUAGCAAACACAGGACAGUCGUGCUUCUCCGCCGAGCGAGCAAAACAGUAGCCGAUUGUUGUUCGAUGCCAACAAACACACGUGCUCCUGACGUGCCGAUUGUUGUCCAAGCUUCGGGUUUGUGUUGCUGAUUUCGACCAAAGACGAAGUGCUCGUGUCGAAAACCGUGUUGGGCGAAAACUGUCACCCGAUACAGACAAGUGUCACCUGACUAAUGAGCGGAUUUGGAUUAUACAAAGUGACGCGACCUUCGAAUUUGAUUGAGAAAGUGAUUUUCGACUUUUAAUUCAGGAAUGAAGGAGGAGGCGCUUUCGUGCGGCGACGCCAAGGACGGCGUCCUGCUGCGCAACCUGCGCUGCCUGGUGCCGUCGGCCGCGGAUGGCUCGCCGCCGCCGUGUCCGCCGCCGUCUUCAAACUGCAGCUCGGCCGCCUCUUCACCCAGACCGUCUGAAUCACCCGAGCCUGCGCCCAAAAAGCAAGACAACAAUGAAACAGAAAGCGACAGCGGCCACAGCAGCAACGGCGAGUGUCCGGACACCAACAACCAAGACGGUUGUCCGGAUCUGUUCGGAGUGAUUGACAAAAUCGCCACCGUUCUUGACGCCAAGUGUCCCGAGAUAUCCCAAAAGUGUCCAGAUGAGUUUUUGGAUGUAAUUUACGACAGACCGGAGCGUCCGGAGCCGGCCGAACAGAACCUGAUGGACUUUUUCCUGCAGUCGGACAGCGAGUCGGACGAAGCGGACAGCCAAAGACCCGUUUCGCGGCUGCACUUCAUCGACGAGGAGGAUGAGGAGGAGGAGGAGGAGGAGGAGGAGGAGGAGCAGUGCAGUCUGCUGGACAUCGUCGGCGAGGUGGACUCGGACGGGGGUUCGGAGGCGUCGGUGGUGCUGCGCGCGCCCCUGGCGGCGGCCGAGGCAGACGAGGGUGCGCAGAAGCCAGCGGGGUCGAUAAUCGAGGAGAGCCCGAGUAGUCCGGCGGUGCGAGUGGAGCAGAGCACCUCCGCCGCUGCUGCUGCUGCUGCUGCCAGUCCAAUGAGGCAGAAGGACUCGGACGGCGGCAAGGACGGCGGGGGCGGCAACAACAACCAUGGCCCGUGCACGGAGGCGUGCGUGGCCUCCGAGUGCUGCUGGAACGACGAGUGCCUCGAGCGCGGCAGGCCCAAGUCCAUCAUCAGGAAGACGCCGGGACACGCGUCCGGACACAAGCGGCGCGUCACCUUCAACGAGAACUGCAACAAGUUCUUCGACGCCGACUACGUCAUCCUGGUCGGCGAGGAUUGCAACGGCGACGAGACCACGCGCCUCGUGUCCAUGUGCAAGAAGCAGCCCAACCAGCAGCUGCCGGACGCCUUCCCCACCGACCUGUGUCCCUUCGACCAGGCCCUCGACUUCGUCGACCACCAGGUCACGCUCAGCCCCCCGGAGGGAUACAAAGACGUGCUCGGCACCGUCAGACAGGACGACGAGUCAGAAUCCGAGUCGAGUGGAGAGGCGCAGGACGAGGACGGCUGUCAGAGCCCAAUUUGUGAGCAGUGCUCGGCGUGUUCGGCGUGUGCAUCUCAACAUCAGCAGCAGCAGCGUUACAUCGUCGAGACCAUCACCCUGACGACGGUGACCGAACGACGCAUCGUGCGCGAGGCCGGCGACCAGGAGCAGCCGCAGCUCAGCGGCAUCCUCAAGGGCGGCAAGUUGUGGAAAAACUGCAGUGACUCGAGCAGCGUGGACACGGCCAGUUCUCCGGCCAGCGACGACGGCGAGUCUUCGGCUUUGGUGCGAAGGUCGGUGAGGUUUUCUGAGGAAGACGAGGAGAAAGACUCAGACCGGCCGGUGACCAUUGAGGAGGUUCAACAUCUGGAAGACCCGCCAACGCCGCCUGCGGAACUCAACUUGACGCUGCGGCUCGGAUCCGUUCUCCUCAACACAGACAAGUUGCCGCCAAACUCGGCUGUGCGGCAACUCUUCCCGGACACAAAGCAACAGAAGCGUCUGCUGAGCAUUUCGGACGACACGUUCAGCCUGGAUGGAAAGGAACUGAGAUCGCCGAGCACUGGAGGAAGCAACAGCGACGACGAACUUUCCAGAGGUUCCUCCUCCAGCAUCAAACGCACCAUUGAGCGAAACGCCCUGCGGAGGAGUUUGCUGAGGUACUCUGACCCUGUUGGUUCUUCCAGACGACGCUCUGUUCCUAACAAAGACGAGAACUCGCUGGUCGAGCGCAUCAAACAGCUGACUUGUGACUUUGAUGAGGAGCCCUUCCGCUCCGAGUCUCCGAAUCAGCAGUACCGGCAAAGGGCGAUUGUGGGGCGAGAACGUUGCCACUCCGAGUCAGGCAAGGACUUCCACCAACCCCUGCAGUUGAUGCAAGACAACUCUUGCUGUUGGUUGAUGGUGGACCCUCCGAGGGGUGGAAUAAAAAUGGCGGCGGCAGCUCGGAAACAGGUGCAUCUUGGAGAACGGGAAACUCCGCCAGACGGAAGUGCUUCGGCUUCUGUCAACACUGCAAUGGCGCCUGACGGGACGAUUUACAGUCUGGAUGACAUUGACGAAGUCCUGGCCAACGAGUGCGUAUGUCCACCUCCUGAGCACCAACAACCGCCGGACAUUCUGGCCACCGUGCAGCAGCAGCAACAGCAGCAAGACGAGCUGGCCAUGUUUGUUCAACGUGAUCUGGGGCGCAUCGAGCGGCUGAAAAAGCGGUACAGCCUGACUGAGGAGGACGACCAGGACGACUACGGCUUCAGUCGCCGUCCUUCUGUCAGAGGGAUCAAACCCCGCUUCGGCUCAACCACCGAGAUCAUCCAGCAGAUUCAACUGCAGCUCCAACCCCCUCCCCUAGCCAACCCUGGAAGAACCGGAAGUCAUGUGACGUGGCCGUAUCCGCCGGACAACGGCUCCUCGAGUACGUCAUCGCCGGUGCUGUCUCCCACAGAGCAGCAUCCCCGUCGGCGCACGCAACCACCCAUUCCCAUCAGGGGGAGCAAUUUACCCCUCCUCUCCGAAGAUCCCUACUACGCGACGGUGCCUGCCCAAGACUACCGCUACGUGGAGUACACGAACGGCGCCGCCUACGUCUACGCGUCAAGCUAUCCGUCUCGCAGCGACGUCGUCCCCUACUCCGAGUCUCCACCUACGCGGUACCUCCCCUCCACGGCCCCCCUCCCACCACCGCAGCGGCGCGCACCGGUCGUCUACGCCCCGUACGCGGCGCAACAGCAGGUUCAGCAACGCUUGCCCUACCGCAGCGAGUCCCCUCAAAGGUACUACUACCCCUCCCCUCAACAGCAGCAGCAGAGGUUUUACCAGCCGGCCCCCUACCCCGGCAAGUACCCUGCCGCCCUCCCCCCUCCGCAGCAGAACGACCUGCCGAGUCCUUCGGCGGCCCUGGUGCGCGCCCUGAGCCCGGUGCCGGCCGAUUCGCCGACGAGGAAUGCAAUCAAGUUCGAGCGCGGCGCCCCCGAAGGCGCGAGCGCCUCGCCGGGUUUCCCGCAACAAGACUUCUACGCGGCGAACAGGGCAGGGGUGGUCUCCGCCGACGGGGACCAGCAGCCCCCAACCUCGCAGCAGCAACACCUGCAGCAGCAGAACUCGUCGGUUUACUACGCGAUGAACGUUUGACAGAGCUGUUCGUACUUUGAACACGAGGUGUGAAAAUAAUGCAGGCAAAACGAAUAAACAAACUCUUGCACUUUUUGGUUCUUGGAACAUUUUUGCGCGUGUGGUGCACAACAACAGUCUUCGUACAAGCUGAAACGUGUUAGUUUGAAGUCAUUUGUGAAGUUAUAGUCGUAAAUUAUUGAACUUAUUAUUAUUUAAUUAAACUAAAUCUGUUGCCAGUGAGGGAACAAACAAAAUUUGUGUCUUUUUAAUAAUAAUUUUAAAAUUGAAUUUGGAAUCACACGUGUACCUGGCAAGGAUUAUUUUAUGUUAAAUUGUUUAAAAAGGUUUGUGAAAUUAUUGUUAAGUGUAAAAACUUUAAUUGUCUUCUAUCAUUUUCUGAGUUUUGGAAAAUUAUUUAAAAAAAAAACACUCCUCACAAAAUGCAUCGAAAGUAUCAAACUGAAAUGCAUUUCCAAUUUAGUGCUAAGGUUCUUCGCUAUGACUGUUACUGUUUAGAGCAGGAAAAUAAUCCCUGACGAAUUUCAUUCACUCAGUAUUCGGAUGCCAAAGUUACUACAAGUUAGGGCGCGGUGUGUGCAGAUAUAUCACUCCUUUAAACGUGAUUAAAGCAGAGUGAUAAGAAUUAUUUUCCAGACGCUGUGUACACACAUCACACGUGUAUCAAAUAAGUCAAACGCGACGAGAUCUUCCUCCCUGAAAACUUGUAUAAAAAACGUCUGACUCGUAGUUGAAAAUGCAGAGAGUAUUUUGUGCUAACUAAAAAAAUGGGUGGUUGCUUGUGAAAACAAUUUUGUGAAUUGAGGGCCUAUAGAGAAACUUUUUGCAAGCGAACAUUUUUGAUUUUCUUUGACAGUAGUUACAAGAUAAUAAUAUGUGAUCCUUGUUGAAAAUGUACUUUAAAAAGAGUAAGAAUUUAAGAAAAACCCACUUUUUAAUCAGUGUUGUAUAUUUAAAAAAAAAGGUAGUGAAAGAUCACAAGCUGUAGUGCCAAAUGCGCCAGGUGCGUUAGUUUUAGUUGAGUCUCGACGAGGUUCAUCCGCGAAAAAGAGAAAGACAAUUGAAGAGGGUGCGCAAAACGGAUCGACUGUUGGCAUUUUCGGAUGCAAUUCAAAUUCGCUGCGGCAGCCAAAAGAAAAAUAUACUCGUACAGAUCUCAACUCAGAAAGACGAAACACUUUUCUUGUUAUAUUCGUAGUCUUAUUGUUAGUGUCGAUUUGCAGACGAGGCGUGUAGAGAAUGUAUCGAAGCAAAAAAGCAGAUAUUUUGUGGCGCGUUAAUUUUAGAUCGACUUAUUUGGUGACCACCUUGCCAAAGCGGACAUAAUCAACUUUUAACUAGUGAAAUUGUUUCAAAUAAACCAAGUCGAUGCUGCGCCUCGAUUGGUCAUAGAAUAUAUUGCCUUUGAAAAUCCACAAAUUUGGCAUUGUGGUUGCUGUAUUUAAGGUAAAUGUUUCAACACGCAAAAAAGAAAGGUACAUAAUUAAUUACUGCCAAAAAUUUACAUCUAGCUAUAAUGUUGUAGCCUCGUAAGUUUGAAUUUUUGAUGAGAAAAUAUUAAGAAAAGAUCAAGAAUGGUUGAAGUCGCUGUCAGACCAAAAAUUAUGAGUACGCGCAUUUUGUGUUUAAUUAGUCUGUAGCUAUCAAGCCAUGGUGAAUAAAUUAAUUUAAUUUCACUCACAAUUUUUUUGCGUCAAAAAUAAUAAUUAAAUAAAUAUAAUUUUCGGCACUUGUGCGAAUCUUGUAAAAAUGACGAAAAAGAGUGAAUUUUGUCACAUAAUUGAACAAUUGUGUGGCUGAAGUGGAAUUGGCAAGAUUUUUUUCAAUUGAAUUGUUUUGUUACCAUCGUUUUAAACAUCAACUCAGUUACAGAGAUUUGGAAUAUUGAAGCGAGAGAAUUAAGUUUAUAUUAAAUUAAAUUACUCCAUGCGGUUGAAUUCGCGCCACAUAUGAGGAAAAACGUGUAGCUAAUUACUUGAUAUCAUUGUUGAAUUAAAUAAAUUUUAUUAUACU